AACUGUCAGUAUUUUUAUUCGUUGUUAUUCAUUGUCAAAUGUUUUGCAGCUUUUCCCGAUAAUUCCUAUUGAAUUGAUUACCAUGUUGUUGAAUAUAAUUAUUGUGUAGUGUGAAACUAACCUGAGCCGUAGCGAGGACAAAACACGGACAGAUUCCCUCAGCAUUUCUUCAUCUGUUUUACCGCUGCGGCUUUAAUUCACCAGAUUUUCUCUCGCGCGCUUCAGCUUUUAAACAAGCAUUUUAAAAAGAGCGCGACUCCGUUACUAGGGCAACGGUGACGUUGACGUUCAAUCUCACGCCUAACGGUCAUUCUGUCCCAUCAUGCACUGAUGUUAAGCUUCUCAGUUAUUUCUUGUGACGCGUUUAUUCAAGUAAUUCUGUGAAGAGUUUAUGAAUGUUUGCCCUAGUUAACGCCCACUAAUCGGUGCUGAACUGAUCUGGAGCGGAAAGUGUUUGAUUCUGUGAGAUUGUCUGAAAGUUACUGGACUUUAAAGCGAGAGUUUUCUGUCACACCAUCGCUUUGAUCAGCUAUGGCACUUUUGAACACAUUUGGGCAAAUCUAAAGGUUUGAAACGCAUCCGUUCUCUAAAGCAGCAGCUCCGUUUGAGAGCAGCAUGGCGAACGAGUCUCUGUCCGCAGGCGUCAUCUGUGAUCAGGAGAUCAGGAGGGAAUAUGAGCUCGUCCCAGCCGUCACCUGCUCCACCUGCUUCGCUCUCGGCCUCAUUUACUGCUUCUGCGGUUACCGCUGUUUUAAGCUGGUGAUGUUCCUGUCGGGCCUGGCGUUUGGCUCUGGCGUCGGACACCUGCUGUGUCUGCAGGAGCGGCUGCUGGACGGUCAGACGCGUGCGGCCGUGUCUCUGGGCGUGGGGUUUCUGCUGGCGCUCGUGGCGGUGCUGGUGCGCAGCGUCGGACUCUUCCUCACUGGUCUUCAGCUGGGGUCGCUGCUCUCUGUCGCCGCCCUGCUGCUGCUGGGGCAGUAUUACCCCAUAUUUAACCCCGCGUGGGUUCCUGUCGGAACGGUCCUAGGAACCAGCGUUUUCUUCGCCGUGAUCACGCUGUGCUGGAGGAAGGCCAUGACGGUCGCUGCUACGGCGGCGGUUGGGUCUGCCGUGGCUGUGGCGUGUGUGGAUUACUGGGUGGAGAUGCCCAUGUUGGUGUCCCGGGCGUAUGAGGGUCUGCAGAGACGCCAGGGCUUGUGCUGGUACAGCUGGGCAGUGAUUGGGAUCUGGCCUGUACUUGGAGCACUGGGAACGCUGGUCCAGUGCAGAAUCACAGCCGCUGAUGUGACGGGUAAACAGAAGCAGCUGGAUCUAACGAGGAUCGGACGGACACAUGACCAAGGAACGUGUCGCCGCAGACCGCCGGUCCUCCAGCGCUACACAGGAGACGUGCUGGCCCCGAGUUAUCUGGCGAGUUUGCGAGAGCGGCAGACGAACACGGGCUCGUCGCUCUGGAGUUUGACUUCCGUUCAUCACACCGUAAUUGACUUCGAUUCUGAAACGGGAUCAUUGGUUCCUCUCACAACUUCACCGUCGGCUCUUCUCCGACUGUAAGGAGAAGGAGGAUCUGUGGAUUUUCAUAGACAGGUUUUCUGGGCUCUUCAUCCUUUCAUUCUUCAAAUCACUGCUUGACUUGCACAUUGUAGGGAGCUGACACUCUGGACGAAUGGUCAGUCCAUCACAGGACUCACACACACAUUCACACUUAUAGACUAUUUAGUGUCUUCAAUUCGCCUGUCCUGCAUGUCUUUGGAUUGUGGGAGAAAGCGGAGCACCGGAGGAAACCCACACCAACACGGGGAGAACAUGCAGACUUCUGACAGAAAGACCUUCUGGCUCCGCUGGGACUCGAACUGUGGAGAACAGUGAAGUACCAUUAACUGAGGGGCGAAUUCAUCGAGCACUGAACACGGCAUCAUUUCUUAUUCACAAGACACUUUGAUUACAUUGAGAUGUUUGCAUAAACAUUUAUAUAUAUAUAUACAGUGCUGGGUAGAUUACUUGCAAAUUAUAGUUUGUUACUGAUUACAAAUUACAUGACGAAAAUUUUAGUUAGUAAUUUAAUCUAGAUUUUCAUUUUAGGUAAUGUAUUCUAUUUUUAGAUAGAUGGAUAGAAAGCAGUAUAACGCCACCUUGUGGACACACUGUUACUUAUAUAUAAAAUUUCACACUUGCUGAAUUUUAAUUGUCAAGUGUUAGCAGCAUUUUUGAUUCAUCUGUUAAGCAUGUUAGCAGAAGAUGUUACAUUUGUAACUUUGAUUAAGCAGUUGUAUUGAAGUUGUACUGUUUUUGUGGCGCCCCCUAUUGGCAGAACUGGCACAAUGUCCUUGUUCUUGUGGGUACUUUCAAAAUGAGUGAUGUUCUCUUGCUGAGUGCACUAAAACAUGUCAUGUGACUCAUGUGUCAUUUGUGUCAUUCACUCCAAACUGUGCCAAAACCUCCUGUGCUGUUAGAGGUUCAGAUUCAUUGUGCUUUUAAAUCUCAUGUUUAAUUUAAAAUCAUUAUUUCUGGCAUGACAAAUAUGUGGAUAUUCAGCAGAUGUUUUCCAGGAGGUCAGAUUAACUUCAUCAAUGAUGAGACUGAUUCAUCCAGGAAAAUUCUGUCAUCCUCAUGUUCAUCCAAACCCCUAUGAAUUUCAUCCUUCUGUGGAAAACAAAAGGAGAUGUUCAGCAGAAUGUCCUUUAUUCACACUGGACCUCAACAAGGACACAUCAGUAUCAUAAGAGCGCUCCAAGUGACUAAUGAUCUAAUGAUGCUUUAUAUAAGAAACAGACUCAAAAAUAAGCUGAUUCUCAAUUCCAGCAUGAAUAGGAUGAACAGUGAAGAACACUUUUAUGGUGCCUGUUUGGCACUAAUGGAGCUUUUUUCAUUGUCCAAAAACAGCACAUCAUGGACCCAAUGCAUUAUUAUCCUUUUGUGUUCCAUGGAAAAGUGAAAGUCACAAGGGUUUGGAAGCUGAAAUAUUCCUUUAAAUGUGAUGCAUUUAUCUCGGUCGUCACUGAAAAUGAUGCUGUUUGCACCAAUGAAAACAUUUACAAUUAGUUUCAGUCCUUUUUAUUAAUAUUAAUACAGAUGAAUAAUGAGCCACUAAUACACCUGUUGCUUCAGUCAUGUAUCAUGUUAGAGAAAGAGAGACUACUAAUAAACUGCUGACAAUGACUUCCUAA